GAGGAAGACACAUUUUGACAUGAAGAUGGUUGGAAGCUGGUUGUUUCUCCUCGUCUCUCUCCAAGGAUAUGAGGCUCCCUCCACCCCCAAUGUAAACUGUCUGAUCAUUAACCUGGAUUAUGUCAACUGCACCUGGAGUGAACAGGGGAGUCCAGAGGUCAACUACACCUUCUUCCACAAAGGGUCCAUCAAAAGGAAUAUGGAGGAGUGCACAACAUAUCUCCAGGAGAAGAGUUAUGCUGUGGGAUGUAGACUGUCCUAUGACGAGUCUGACAGGUUUAGAACACUGACAACCAAGCUGGUCCAUCAGAACAACAGUUAUGUGCAGGACCAUAACCUGAAAAGCAUGGUGAAGCUUUACCCUCCUGUCAACCUGUCAGUUGAGAUGAACAAAGACCCACAGCUGAAUCUGUACUGGAACAACAGCAAGAACCCCUUCUGUAUUGAGAGUGAAGUUCGCUACAGAAUAAACAGCGACAAGUGGAAGACAUCUACUCCAAGCAAGGAACAGAAGUAUGCUGUGGCUUUCCCGUUAAAGAGCAGUCGGUAUGAGUUUCAAGUGAGAGCACGAGUAAACGACAUGUGUGGCGAGUCCGAGUUCUGGAGUGAAUGGAGUCAGCCAAUUCAAUGGGAUUUCAUGAAGGGAAAUAACAUCACAGACAUAUCUGGCAGCUCAAUGUCUGUGUGGAAGCCAGUGCUGUCAUUAGUGGGUACCAUGACACUCUUCAUAUUGGCCUGCAUGCUGGUCUACAGGGAAAGAGAACGACUGAGAUUAAUCCUCAUUCCCAUUGUGCCUAAUCCAGUCAAGAACCUGAAGGACCUUCUUGACAAGGACACUGUAGAGGCCUGGCUUCACAUCUCCGAAGGUGUUUGCUUCCAGUCUAACUUCACUGAGCUUGCCUGUCCUGUUCGUGAGUACAGUCUGGUUCCCCAAACUGGCAGCGUCAGUGAAUCUGAGAGCAACCUCUCCAUCCCAACAGACCAGUCAGAUCUCCUGUCCACGUGUUCCUCCUUAGCUUCCACUUUUCCUGCCACAAGUGAAAAUGAACAAGCUGGUAUUGAAUGAUAGUUCCAAAGGUCUAAUAAUGCUUUAUAAUUUGUUUUACAAUACAAAACAUCCACAUAUAAACUACAACAUACAGACACACACAAAUAUCCACAACAUCACCCCUGCCCAGACAACACCUCCAGCAUCACUCUCUGCCACAUGUGCCACAGGUACUGAAGGAUUUUGUUCCAACUAGGCACCACGCCUGACCAACUGAGCUAAUUGAUUAGUUCAAUGAUUGCCCAAAUUCAACACACCUGAUCUUCCAACUCAGUUAAAUCUAAGACAUGAUCCAGGACCAGGGUUGCCUACCCCUGGGAUACUGAAUAAAUUGUUAAGCCAGACAAAAUGUAUUCACUGUUUAAUGGAUUUUCCCCCCAGAAAAGUGAGGCGAGUGAGCAAAAAAAGAACAAACUGGUGGAUAAGAAAUAACAGCACUUUAUCACAUUGUCCUAGGUGCUUGUGCAGGUUCUAGGCCUAAUGUGGCUUCAAGAGUCAUUACAUGCGAAAAGAAUGCAGAUGUUACAAUGUUGUUAUAACCAUGAGAAAUGAAACAAUGGGAA